AUGACUUCAGCAGUACUAGUGGACAUACAAGACGAAGUGACCUGCCCCAUCUGCCUGGAGCUCCUGAAGGAACCCCUGAGCAUAGACUGUGGCCACAGCUUCUGCCAAGCCUGCAUCACAGAGAACAGCAAGGAAUCGCAGAUCGGCCAAGAAGAAGAAAGCAGCUGUCCCGUGUGCCAGACCAGCUACCAGCUCAGGAACCUGCGGCCUAAUAGGCACCUGGCUAACAUAGCAGAGAGGCUCCGGGAGGAGGAUGGAAAGCUGAUCUGCUGGCUUUGCGAGCGGUCUCAAGAGCACCGCGGCCACCACACGUUCCUCAUGGAAGAGGUUGCCCAGGAGUACCAGGAGAAGUUCCAGGAGUCUCUGAAGAGGCUGAGGCAAGAGCAGCAGGAAGCUGAGAAACUAAAAGCUGUGAUCAUAGAGAAGAGGACAUCCUGGAAGAAUCAGCUGGAACCUGAGAGACACAGGAUCCAGAAGGAGUUUAAUCAGUUGAGAAGCAUCCUGGACAAAGAGGAACAGCGGCAACUGAAAAAACUGGAGGAGGAAGAGAGGAAGGGGCUGAAUAUUAUGGAAGAGGCAGAGGAUGAGCUUGUCCACCAGAGCCAGGCACUGAAGGAGCUCAUCUCAGAUCUGGAGCAUCGGUGUCAAGGAUCCACAGUGGAGCUGCUGCAGGACGUGAGUGAUGUCACGGAAAGGAGUGAGUACUGGACUCUGAAAAAGCCGGAGGAUCUCCCCACCAAGCUGAAGAGUGCAUUUCGGGCCCCAGAUCUGAAAAAGAUGCUACGAGUGUUCAGAGAGCUGACAGAUGUCCAAAGCUACUGGGUGGACGUGACUCUGAAUCCACACACGGCUAAUUUAAACCUUGUCCUGUCGAAAAACCGGAGACAGGUGAGAUUUGUGGGUGCCACUGUGCCUGGCUCUCAUCUGGAAGAGCACUAUGACUGUGGCAUCCUGGGCUUGCAGCAUUUCUCCUCAGGCAAACAUUACUGGGAAGUGGAUGUGGCCAAGAAGACUGACUGGAUCCUGGGCGUGUGCAGCCAUGCCACGGGCCCUCCAUUCUCCGUCAACCAGUUUGGGAACAAUCGCAGUGUUUACUCCAGAUACCAGCCUCAGAAUGGCUACUGGGUCAUCGGGUUGCACCAUAAACAUGAAUAUAGAGCCUACGAGGACUCUUCCAGUUCCCUGCUCCUCUCCAUGACUGUGCCCCCUCGCCGGGUUGGGGUUUUCGUAGACUAUGAGGCCGGCACUGUCUCCUUUUUUAAUGUCACAAACCACGGCUUUCCCAUCUACACCUUCACUAAGUAUUACUUUCCUACCACUCUUUGCCCAUAUUUUAAUCCUUGCAACUGCGUGGUCCCAAUCACCCUGCGACGCCCAAGCUCUUGA